CAACCUGAGUUAUUGUAAAAUUUACAUGAGGGGUUUUUUUAAUUAUGUUGAUUCAAACACAUAAAGUGUUAAAUUUACAUUUAGUUGAUGUUAAAAAGGUCUGGCAACAUGAUUUCUGUUUGUUUUGACAUGAGCUAUUGUGAAUUUUACAGGGUAUGUGGUUAGAGAACAUAAAAGUACCGUAAUAUUUUAUUUGCGUGCGCGUUCUUCGUCAUUCGGUUGCAUUUUUAUUUGGUGUAUUAUUUGUGAAAGAUUAUUAAAAAAAGCUAUUUAAAUAUUAAGAAGAAUGGGUACAGAAAAUGUCUUUGGGGAAUCGGCGGGCAUAUAUUUCGUUGUUGAUGGUGAUUUAACCAUGGGGAAUGAAGUUGAGACUUCACUGCAGCAAAGCCAAGCCACUGAAGCUUCACGUGAAAAAGAAAAUUUGAAAGACGUCGUAUGUGGUAAAAUGAACUUCAGUGAAGAAGUUUAUCAAAGAAUUCUCGGUAAGUUCUUUGAGAAUCUGCGAGGAACCAUAUGCAUAUUUAUGUUAUUGACAGAUUGCGGAAUGGAUGUAGAAAGUCUGUAUUUCAUCAACGAUGGGGACAUAAAUGAACUUUUCCCUGCAUCAAUGCUCGGAACGAGAGUAAAGUUUAAAGAAAGAGUUGCACGUUGGCGACAGAAUGAAGCUGAUACCAUUUCGUCAAUAGGAUCAUGCAAGAGUUGGAUAAAUUCUAGCCAAGAGUCUCACGACUCGAUAAGAGACAUGGAAGCAAAGAAUUUAAAGUUAAUACUUAAUGCCACUGAAAGAGGUCAAAGCAUCUUUAAACAAUAUAGAGAAAAGACCGUGCUGUCAGAUGUUAGUCGUGACAUUUUGGUAAAUACCAUUGUUGACCACUUCUCAGCGCGAUCAGUGCCUAUGACAAUGAAAGAUAUCAUCACCUUUUCUGAGCAAAUAACAAUUUUAUUUCCCAACGAAGACAUGCGCUAUUACUGCAACCGUCGAAAUGGCAAAAAUCCAACAGGCAAACUUUAUGAUAAGGCAACAAACAUCCGAAGGAAAAUAAAAAAAGAAACAGGAGCACUAAGCGUUGCACCUAAAUGUCAACCCACUCAAUCAAGUUUGUCGGAGCAGGCGAGCAAUACAGAUGAAAAUGACUUAGCCAUGAAAAAUUGGCUUUGAAAUAAUGUAGAGCCUUGGGGCGAUGUUGUAGAAAAAUGGACGAAAACAGUCAAAUUAAGAACCGCAGAGAUUUUAAAUGAACACGCAAAUAUUUUAACUAAUUGGCCGCUGCUGAAACACAGUCUUGGAUACACUUUGGUUGAAAUUGAUUUUGAAGCGAAAUUUCCCAACUGUUCGCAGAAUUUGCUAAACGAAUGGCCAAAAUUUAGAAAGUCAAUUAUACCUUACAUGAAGACAAAAAUAAGAGAUGCAACGUCCAUUGAUAUGCUAAAAAAAAUUGACGAAAACAUCAGUACUGACUCAAUGGAUUGCUUAUUGACACUGCUUUUGCAUGCGAUACUUAAACCGUCAUUAAUUUCCGUUGGACAAACUUCUGGUGAAAAACGGCUUAAAUGGAAGCCAUCAAUAUGUGAUGCGCAAGCAGUGACAUUGCUGCAUUGCAGCAGCAUAAACGAUUAUCAGAGGAUGUACCACGAAUUAAAGAUUAAGUUAAUUCAAGUUAAGCUAAUCAAGUUAAGUUAAUUAAGUUAAGUUAGCUCACCUCCUGUACAUAUUCAUAUUCUUCAAAACUAUCAAAAAGCAAUCCGUUUAAAAAGUAUUUAAAACAAUUUGAUACAGUUUUUAUGCAGAGCUUAGAAAAACUCAACAAAUUUUUAUAAAAAUUGUGGACUUUUAAAACUUUCAAACUUUUUUGGGCAUGCAGUUUUAUAGCCUCUUAAAUUUUAGUCUGAUAAAGCGCAAGUU